UAGGUGACCAAUGGGAGAGUAAUCUUUUAAUUCUGAUGAUUAAAUACCAUGAAAUCCGUUUUUAUCAGCAUUACUUAUUUAAAUUAGUUUAGCAGUCACCGUGCAACUUUAUGAGAUCUUUUAGUUUUUGGACAGCACGUGGUUGACACGGCAAAGGAUUUCAAGUGUUUGUAAGCCUCCAGAGACAGCAUCUCGACAUGCUACCGGCGGUGCGGAACUGUUUGCCCUCCGCGGCUUUUUUAAGUUCGCUGUGUCACGGAUGCGGUAACAGAGGCGGUUUGUUUUAUCUGCCGGUGCGUGGUAUGAGUUGGUCUCCGCGGCAGAUAAAUCAGUGCAACAACGAGGAUUCCUCUGACCCUCCUCCUGAAGAAAGCCCCCGGGUACUCAUCACAGGUGGAUUAGGGCAGCUUGGUGUUGGGCUGGCACAACUGCUGAGGGAACAGUAUGGGAAGGAAAAUGUGAUCCUGUCUGACAUCAAGAAGCCACCCCUGGACGUGUACCGCAGUGGACCGUUUGUCUACGCCGAUGUAUUGGAUUAUAAGAACUUGAGGGAGUUGGUGGUGAACAACCGGAUCACUUGGCUGGUGCAUUACAGUGCUCUGCUCAGUGCCGUGGGGGAAGCCAAUGUGACCUUAGCCCGCACCAUCAACAUCACAGGCCUUCAUAAUGUGCUGGACCUGGCACUGGAGAACUGCUUGCGUCUCUUUGUUCCAAGCACCAUUGGAGCAUUUGGACCAUCGUCCCCCCGUGACCCUGCACCUGACCUGUGUGUCCAGAGGCCACGAACCAUCUAUGGAGUGUCCAAAGUUCAUGGAGAGUUGAUGGGGGAGUACCUCUAUCACAAAUAUGGCUUGGAUUUCCGUUGCUUACGCUACCCUGGUGUCAUCUCAGCUAACACCAAGCCUGGAGGAGGAACAACAGACUAUGCUGUCCAGAUUUUUCACGACGCCCUCAGCACAGGCCAUUACGAGUGUUACCUGCGACCGGACACACGCCUUCCAAUGAUGCACAUUGCUGACUGCCACCGUGCCACUGUAGAGUUCAUGCAGGCCCCCGAAUGUCAGCUGUCCUUGCGCACCUACAACAUUGCUGCCAUGAGCUUCACCCCUGAGGAAUUAGCUGAAGAAAUACGCAAACACCUGCCCCACCUGAAAGUCACCUACAACCCUGACUCAGUCCGCCAGACUAUUGCGGACAGCUGGCCAGUGCGAUUUGACGACUCCAAUGCACGAAGAGACUGGGGUUGGAGGCCGGCUUAUGGGCUUUCAGAACUUGUUACAGACAUGAUCUGCUCUAUCCGCGACAAGAGGACCAAUGCUGGGCUUUCAGUCAGCUAGCAGGCACAGUCAACAGAGACUUCACUUCCCAACAACUCCCUUUAAGUCACACUUCCAGUAGAGUGCAAGGAGGGGCACACACACAAACACACAUACCACUCCAAACCUCCUUUUAUUUAAUGAGGAAUCCUACUCACACCAGGACUCCUCUAUCACACCAGGGAUAUUCCAGCCCCGGGGAACCACUCAUGAACCCCCAACCUUUAAGCUAAACCCCCUGAAGUGACCAAAACAGUGAACACACACACACACACACACAGACACACACACACAUUCAUACAAAUGCACCCACAAACACACACACACAGUGCACUAACAUAGCACAGUCACACACUUACUCACAAACAACACUCAUACAUGCUCUAACCAGCAGCCUUACUCUUUUUCAGGGAACUAUACUGUCAACCAUACUGUUGUGACUAUUGCAUUUGUGUUGUUUUAAUUGUGAUAGGGAGAAGAUAAAUAAAACCCAUCAUCAGGUUUCUGCCUUAAUUAUCUUACACAGCAUCAUAGCCUUGCUCACAGCUGGGAAUGAGAUCCAGGAGAGAACAGCGCAAAACAGCACUGCAGAAUAAGACAUUACGGAUGGAUCAGUAGAGGGAUACUGAGACACUGCGCUGAUAGAGGGAAUGGAGGACAUCCAAUGUUAUAUAAGGCAAUGCUGUUGGAUGGAUACCCGUAUCUAAAAUAUUGUAUCUUUAUCUUUCUUUUCCAACAGGUGUGAUUUUUAGCCCAGAUGCGUAUUGUGUUGAGAGAGCCCAAAUGAAACCAGCUUUUCAAUCCUCACUCAUAGGCCAAUUGACAAAAUUGCAGUGUAAAUGAUUCAUGAAAAAUGAAUAAAUAGCUUAAUUUAUCAAAUACCCAUGAAUGCCUUCAGAGAGAGGUAAAUAUUGUGUGUUGGGAUUUUGUGGUAUAUAUCUGAGGUGUAAGAUUUAUUUGCAGCUCCUUAAUUGUACUCGGUAGCAGACUAUCGUCAACAUACUUUUUUCACUAUAAACAUUGUUCAAAAUAUUGGCUACUGUCGAUGAAUAUGGUUUCAAUCGGGAUCACUCUUGUAAUUUAGGACUAUCUUACCAUAAUUGCUGCUUGACAUCAUCAUUAUUCUCUUAACAAAAACCCUGAAGAAAUAUGAACUCCAAGACAUAACUGUUACUUUUAAUAAAAGGAAAAAAAUA